GCCACCCCGUCCUAUGUUCAGAUGCUUGGAGACAGUCUGUUGGGCACCCUUAAACAUAUGCGUUUAAGGUUCAUGUUCCAGUAUGCUGUUUUCCAGGAUGCAUUUACUAUACCUACUGUUUUUAGGCCACCCUGUCCUACAUUCAGAUGCUUGGAGGCAGUCUGUUGGGCUGUCCUUAGGCAUACAUGUUUAAGGCCUUUGUUCCAGUAUGCUGUUUUCCAGUAUACAAUGUUUGAAUCCACCAUAACACAAUAUCUUGAUAAAACAAAAAACAAAGAUUGGUCAAUCCUUGGAAUCCUAGAAUUUUCACAAUUGAACUUGAAAUUAUCAGUUGCUACAAUCAAAGAUUUCAAGGAAGAUCUAUACACAAUAUUAUCUAAAUAUAAAGACAAUUGUAAUAUUCAUGUAAAUGCCAAAAGCAAGGUGACAAAGGUUUUAUUGAACUUUGACUCAAUGUUUUUCACCACCGAAGUUAAACUAUUCAUUAAAGAUCUUGAAUACCAUGAGGAGGCACAAGUAAAUGUCACAUCCACCUACACAGUUAUGGUUUUAAAGGAUCAGCAAGAAAACCAAAAAUUUAUUGAUCAAUUACAAGAAACAUCCAAUUCAGAGAAGGGAAAGGAAUGUGAGAAAGUUACUAGACCACUUGAUGUGGAAGAUGAUCAUUCAUACAAAUGUCAACGUAAAGAUGAAGAACUUUCAGAUCUGUUUGAGGUUUUAUUUGAUGAAGAACCCUCUGUUGAAUGGGAAUUUGAUACACCAAAACCAAGUUGGUUAGAUAAAAUAGCACACAAGCAUGAUUCAUUAAUUUACAAUGCUUUUAAUUGUAAUGAUAAAAGGAUUCAAUAUGAAUUAUCUUUAGAGCCAAUCUGGUGGAAGAUCAUAGAUCUAUCUGAUUCAAAAAUUAUAACUCUUAUAACAGAAUAUGAAUUAUCAGAGAUUAAUGAAAAAUUUUCAUCUCUUCUAGAAGACUGGACCACAGCAGAACCUGCACCCGAGAGUCUCCUACAGUCUCUUGAGAAGCUUGACAAUGAUCAACUUCGCACUAUUGGUGAAAUAGUGAGACCAAAAGGGACAUAUGGUGCUAUUCUUGAACUUCAAAAAUUAUUAGAAAAUAAAAAAGAGCAAAAAGCACCUGAACUGAACAACUUAUUUGGUGAUGAAAAAGAUUCCAAUGAAAUAGAUAAUCUUAAGGAAAUCUCACCAUUGACAGUUGACAAUCAUACGAACUCGGAUAGGCAUGAUUUAGGUAAAGAAUUAUGUUGGGGUCGAGAAUUUUCUCUCUGUAAGCAUACUGGUUCAAAAAUUGAAGACACUUCCAAGGUCUUUUCAAACACUCUAAAAGUACAGAAAACUUUAAGAGACAUGCACCAAAAUUUAAUCAAAGUGAUAUUCACUGAGGGUGGAAGAACUCUGUCAAAACCGGAACUAGAGCUUAUCAUUAAAAUAUCACAUGUUAUGCUUCAAACCAAGAAAUUAUUAUCAGUUACUAUUUCUCAAUUUAAGCAAAUGAAGAGCAGGGCUGAAAGAGAGAAAUUUGCGCCUGGAAAGGUAGCAAUGCCUGUUAGACAGCAGGAGUGCAGAUCUUUCCAAAAACCAAGAGCAUUGAAAACAAAAGAUUACCAAGAACCUGAUCAAGACUUGGUUUUUGAUAUUGUAUAG